AUGGAGACAACAAAUUUAACAGGAAAUGAAACACAGGCAAAAACAUUUCAAGAACUGCUAUGCUCCCCCGCUUUGGGAGGUGCAUUAAAACAACUAGCAAUAUUUUCCUCAGCAGUCAACAUUCUCCUCUCUAUGACAGCAUUUUUUGGCAAUUCUCUCAUCCUUGUUGCCCUUCACAAGGAAUCUUCACUUCAUCCACCGUCCAAACUCUUAUACCGUUGUCUUGCUACAACUGAUCUUUUAGUAGGCCUCCUUGCGCAUCCUCUUGUUGCUUCUCUCUGGAUAUCCGUGGUUCAUGAACACUGGAGUAUUUGUCGAUUCAUACUCGGUGCAAGCCUCGUAACAUCUUAUGUAUUAUAUUCAGUGUCUUUAAUGACGACGACGGCCAUAAGCGUGGACAGACUUCUCGCCUUGUUGUUAGGGCUGAGAUACAGACAAAAUGUGAAUUUAAAGCGCAUUUAUGUGGCUCUAGUGCUUUUUUGGGUUGUCCCCUGUAUGGACACCCUAUUCUUUCUGUUUGUUCCCCUUAUACCCCCUUGGUUGGGUCCUAUCAUCAUACCGUCUUGCUUAGUAAUCUCAGUCGCUUCGUAUAUUAAGAUUUUCCGCACUCUCAGUCGUCACCGGGCUCAAGUACAAGAGCAUGUUCAACAACAAUCGAGCCAACCAAACGCACUGAACAUGGCACGAUGCAAAAAGGCAAUGUACAGUGCACUGUGGGUGCAGUUAGCAUUAGUUGUCUGUUGUGUACCAUUGAGUAUAGUUGUGCUGGUAAUAACUCAUACUAAGACAUACUCACCACUUUUAAUGGUUAUUAGAGAAAUAGCAAUUACUUUUGCUUACUUAAAUUCAACUUUGAACCCGUUCCUUUACUGCUGGAAGAUCCAUGAAGUGAGACGAGCUGUAAAGCAGAUAAUCAGACAAACGAUGUGCUGUCCAUGGAUUUAG